CUCAGUCAGUAGUACAAACAGAGUCGCCGUGUGUGCAGACUGAUAUGCAUAACGCAUGAGAGUUGACCACUAGCACAGUUAUUUUUAUUUGUGAUACAUGUCAUCCCGCGGCGAUCCGCCCGUUGCGAGAGACUAGUCAAGGCCGCCGUUGACAGUGCUUGCGAGGAAGUGAUUUUAUAUAGUCAAAGUGUGGGAAAAGGUGUGCAAAGUGUACGAGCACGAGGACAGUGUGGACGGGCGGCCCUUGCAGGGCAUGGCGGCCACCACGUACCUUCCGGCGAGUAGUGCGGUCACCACGGAUCUGGACGGGAACGUAGUCGGGAUGAAUAUCGUCGGAGGAUACCAUUCUAGUGCCUCUCCGAGGUCUGCGGCCGAUGCGAGCGAAAUGAAGUACCUGCCCCAACACCACCACAAUCACCACCACCAUAUGGCGAGUUCGCCGUCUCCGGGCAGUCACGCCGCCGUCUCUUUGUCCGCGGGGAACCCCUGGGUGAGUCUACAGCCGGGCGCGGACCCCUGGGCCGCCUCCAUGGCGGGUAUGCACCACGCUCACCACCACCACCCCCAUCAGGACGUCAAACCCCUAUCGCAACAGGCUGAUAUGAUGCACCACCAGAGACAACAACAGCAGAGUAUGGGAUCUCCUCAUGCGUGGCACGCUCCGGUAUCGUCGGCACACUAUAAUCCGGGUGGUGCCGGAUCGCCGCUGCAACAAUAUCAUGCAGCUAUGAACGGUAUGUUGGCCCAUCACCAAGCGGCGCCUCAGCUACACCACCCUCUGCAUAGAGACAUGCAGAGUCCUCACCACCCUCAGCACUCGGACAGAGACGUGAGCGGUGGAGAAGACGACACACCUACAAGUGACGAUUUGGAAGCCUUCGCCAAACAAUUCAAACAACGACGAAUAAAGUUGGGAUUCACACAGGCGGACGUAGGGCUGGCCUUAGGAACGCUGUACGGCAACGUCUUCUCCCAGACGACAAUAUGCAGGUUCGAAGCCCUGCAACUCAGUUUCAAAAACAUGUGCAAGUUAAAGCCCCUGUUGCAAAAAUGGCUGGAAGAGGCCGACUCGACGACGGGCUCCCCCACGUCCAUCGACAAGAUCGCGGCGCAAGGGCGGAAGAGAAAAAAACGCACCAGCAUAGAGGUAUCUGUGAAGGGCGCUCUGGAGCAGCACUUUCACAAGCAGCCCAAACCGUCGGCCCAGGAGAUCACCUCGUUAGCGGACAGUUUGCAGUUGGAAAAGGAAGUAGUCCGGGUGUGGUUCUGCAACAGGAGACAGAAGGAGAAGCGGAUGACGCCGCCGAACACGCUCGGCAGCGAGAUGAUGGAAGGCCUGCCGCCGGGAAGCCACAUGCACCCCAACUACGGCCACCACCCCGACAUGCACGGCUCACCCAUGGGUCAGCACUCGCACUCCCACAGUCCGCCCAUGCUGUCGCCCCAGAGUAUGGGCCACCAGCUGACGGCCCACUAGCAUCCAGCCCACUGGGCCUCCUUGCUGCACAACAGCGACAACGGCUAGUGAAUCGCCUCCAGGAGGGAGGCGACGGGCCGGGCCGCUAGCGCCGGCCGCCGGCUUCCGACGGCUUCAAAGACUCUCGUUUCACGCUACCUCAAAGCCAACAUGGAUUGUCGUGUCUCGCCUCCAGGUCGUUGUGGAGGUCCAAGUGGACUGUAACCGCUCUAAAAAGACUUUGCACAAUGUACAGAAUUGUUGAAUGCCCGUGCAGUGCGAGUGAGUACCUUUGUAGACUAGGGACCGUGGUCUCGGAAACUUUGUACAUUAUCUGUAUAUAAGAAGAGUGAUAACGCCUCUGUAAAAUAUGAUGAAUUAGGCCAAUGCUGCUAAUCUUAACGUUGUAAAUAAGAUUCUGACUGCUGCAGCAGCAGCGGAAAUGUCGUGAUUUAUACUUAAUUAUACACCGGGACGGUUGACGAUAAAACAAUUUACACUGUAAGUUUAUAAUGUAUAGAAUGUCGUAUAUAUUUAAAAAAUAUAUUAAAGUUGUUCUUACGUUGUUAAUUCUUCUUUUUAUUUUUUUUUUUGGUUGAAGUGUCGUGCAGUUAAACUCUUGACUUUUUAUUUUUGGAUGAUCCGUACUCUUACUUUGGUAAAUCUCCAACUAAUGUGUAUAUUUAUCACUUAUAUUAAUUAUAUAACGUUGUACGGUGUGACUUGAAAAUUAAAUCGAUUCUGUUAAGUACCCAUCCCGUCUUAUUUCAUCUACCCCACCCACGAUCUUUUCUAGUCAGUGUAAUAGGAACUCUUCGCCGGAUUCUAUCGGAAGCGGGUGAGUCCUUUUUUACUUCUAUCUAUUACUUUCAGGGUAGGGACGCGCUGCGAGCCAUCUGCUCCCAUAUUAAUUAUUGUUCAAACAAACCUGACCCGCACCUGUACGCGGCCACCGUGUAAAUACCGAGCCAUCAGAUUCGGCCGGCACGAAAACGCUAUUUGGCCAGAUAGGCCCAAAAAGGACUCACGACCGCGACCGAUCCAAAUCUAAAAAAUUACCUUACUGACAUCGCUAUCACGACAUUGGUCUUUCGUACUUACUUUAUUGUGUUAGAUUUUUUUUAAUCAUGUUAAAUUUUUAUUGAAAUCGUCUUUGUUAUGUACCAAACAUUUAGAAGGACGCUAAAAACUGUGCCAGGAAAAAAUGGGUACUCUCGGUGCGUAUUUUUUCCACGUACAAUAGCAUAAUUUUAUAAACAUUAUCGAAAUCCUUGUUUUAUGUUAAGAGGGACGGAACAAACGCUUCCAUCAAACUUGUAGUUCGAAAUGUUAGGUUUACUAAUACUUAGUGCAAUCUUUUGUAAAAUUAUAGUCGUUCGUUUGGUUAUUGAGAAAUUCUGGUUUGAUGGAACUAUAUGUUUCGUUGCUUAAGUAACGAUUGCUUAAAAGUCCAGGAAUAUAGUAAAUCAUAUUUCAUUGGCGUGAUGUUUGACGUCUAUUGCCCAUAAAAAUGUUAAAGUGCUGUGUUAAUCAACGAAAUUGAAAUAUGUAGGAAUAAUUUUCAGUUAUACAGACUCGAAAACCUGUCUUGUGUUAGGUAGUUAUUUCACGAAAUAAAAGAGUAAAAUUGUUCCAUCGCUAGUCGAUUUCGAUAGUGAUUUCGAUGGUUAUAAAAUUACAAACUUACGAUACUCCUUUUGUCACAGGGGAGACACCUAAAUUUAUUUUUUUUAAUUCUGUAAAUGUUUGUAUAAAUAUUGUUAUAUAUUAUUAUAGAAGAGAAUAU